AUUAAUUUUUUUCAUAUUGGAUACCAUAAGGUUUUUUGUCUCACAUAUUACUUUUGACGUUUUCUACCACAUAGUAAACACUUGGUUCAUUGAAGUGUCAUACCAUCGCUAAGCUUUGUUGUGACAGUUUGUCGUCAUUGUGGUGCUCAAAGUCUCAAGUCGCUAGUACCUUUGUAAGAUACUGCAGCUCACACUGAUGCCUCGUUCAUGUGGCUUGUACCCGAUGUGUUGUGAACAACGGUUUUUAUUAUCUUUCUGACUCGCAGUUUUACUAGCUAACGCUUGGGCUUACAAUUAGAAAACCCUAAGUAGUAUCUCAGCGUUGUGCACUUAUAUCUAUGGGAAUGGCCAUUGCCUAUUAAAAUUAUUGAAAACCUUAAUUUAUACGGAUUUAUAAGACGCAGCCAGCGCACGGCACCGGCCAGCAGAACACCGCCUUAAAGGUCAAACCUUGAAAAUACUAGUCAAAUUCAAAAAUGACUCCACCAGCUGUUAAAGAUUACAAAGACAAAGAAAUAGUGGUGACCAUCAACGGGACAAAAUAUUACGUUCCUACCACGUUUUCGGAAGUUUCGUUGAAUGACUAUCUGCGAAUCAACCUUUCGCUGACGGGAACCAAGGUCACAUGCCGAGAGGGCGGGUGUGGUGUCUGUAUCGUUAAUGCGGCUUACAAAGAUCCCGUUGGCGGAAGUCAGUUUGUUGAACGAGCAGUGAAUUCUUGUUUAUGCCCUAUCUUAUCGUGUGAUGGUUGGGAAAUCACUACCGUGGAAGGGAUUGGUAACCAGAACAAACCACAUCCGCUGCAAAGUCGGCUGACGGAUCACUAUGGAACGCAAUGUGGCUUUUGCACACCGGGAAUGAUUAUGAAUAUGUACAGCCUUCUGCAGAAUGGCAGCCUUACAAAGCGUGAUGUCGAAGAUUCUUUCGAUGGCAAUAUUUGUCGCUGUACCGGGUAUCGUCCUAUUCUCGAUGCGUUUAAGUCCUUCGCUUCGAUGGGAGUGAGCUCCGGUGUUGUCGACAUUGAGAAUUCGGACGCAGUUGUGGCGUUGUGCCGAAAAUUCGCACACACUGCGACGAACGACAAAUCCCGUGCCGAGUAUUACGUUCGCCAGCAGUGCAAAGCAACCCGCGACUUUGCCCCGCCGUGGUACGCACCGGCAACACUGAACGACUUGUAUAAACUGCUACCUCAGCUGACCAGUCAGAAUGUCUACUACGUGGUGGGCCACACUGGCAAAGGAGUGUACGACGAUGGUCCGUACGACGCAUAUGUAAACCUGAAAAACAUCCGGGACCUUUACGAACUUAGCCUGUCGCAAACCGCGCUUCGUCUGGGAUCGGCUAUUCCGUUAAAAGAUCUCAUCGAAACUUACAAGGAAUUCGCUGGCAACGAUGGAUACCAUUAUUUAACGGAAUUAGCCACACUGCUCAGCAAAACCGCCCACAUAGCAGUUCGUAAUGUCGGGUCGUGGGGCGGGAAUAUGGCCAUGAAGAACCGACACAAAGAAUUCCCAUCAGAAACGUUUCUCACUAUGGCCGUGUCCAAUGCUAUCAUUUACACAGGGCCAGAUAACAAGGCUCUUUCGGCUGAUGAUUUUCUAAAUUCGGACUUGAAAGGAAACGUCAUUCUGCGCGCAGAAUUGCCUGCCUUUGGAAACGAUUAUUAUUUUAAAACGUAUAAAGUAAUGCCGAGGUCUCAGAAUGCACAUGCCAUCGUCAACGCGGCUUUUCGAGCAAAAGUUGAUAAAAGCCAAGGAUAUGUGAUUACAGAAAAACCUUGUCUUAUCUUUGGAAAUAUUGCAGCAAAUUUUGUACACGCGGCGCAAACGGAAACCUUUUUAGCUGGAAAAAAUCUUGGAGACGUGAAUGUUCUGCAGCAGGCACUGCAGAUUCUGAAUAAAGAAGUCAACCCGACAACCGACCCGUCCGAAGCCCGCCCGGAAGCCAGACGAUCGAUAUGCUUAUCUUUAUUUUAUAAGUUUGCAUUGACCAUUGUUGGAGAUUUUGCGGAUCCACGCUAUCACAGCGCAACAAGUAGUUUAAGACUGGAACGCCCUCUUUCCAGCGGCACCCAGUCGUAUCCGACGAAAAAGGAAAACUGGCCUCUGACGCAACCCAUUCCCAAAAUCGAGUCCAUGGUUCAGUGCACUGGCGAAGCGAAAUUCAUUGCGGAUAUUGAACGAAAUGAUCUUCUGCAUGCGGCGUUCGUGUUGACUACGCAAGCUAACGCCACCGUUUACCGCAUUGACACAGCUCCAGCUUUGGCUUUACCGGGGGUUGUUCGAGUUUUUACCGCACCCGAUAUCCCUGGUGUGAACAACAUAUUUCCGCAGAAUGAUCCAAGUUAUCCGACUCCUCCUGAGGAACUACUGGUCAUUCGACAGUCUUUAUACGCAGGACAGCCAGUCGCAAUCGUAGUUGCAGUUACUCGGGAUAUUGCCGAAGCGGGGGCAAAACUGGUUGUGAUCGAGUACAGUAAUGUCCGAAACCCUAUACUUACCGUACAGGAUGCCAUACGGGAAAAUUCCUUUUAUGAGAGUGCCCCAACAAUUACUGUCGGCGAUGCGGAUGCGGCCAUUGCUAGUGCUCCACGCAAAAUCAGCGGGGAAUUAACGCUUGGGCAUCAGGCACACUACCACAUGGAAACGAUGGUUGCUGUAGCUUAUCCCACCGAGAACGGUGUGGAUUUGGAUGCCGGCACUCAGUGGAUUGAUUACGUACAAGAUGGUGUCGCUUUAGUCACUGGGGUACCAAAAAAUAGGAUAAAUGUUUCGGUGCGGAGAAAUGGUGGCGGCUUUGGUGCAAAAAUCCACCGCAAUAACCAUUCGGCAUGCGCCUGUGCAAUGGCAGCGUGGAUUUUGAAAAAACCGGUGAAAAUGCACAUGACAUUAUGGGAUAAUUCGAGGCUCGUCGGUAAACGCUACGCCUAUUACGCAAAAUAUAAUGUCGGUUUCGAUGAUAACGGAAAACUACUGGGAGUUUCUUGUGACGUUUACUGCAACACUGGUGCUUAUCUUGGAUCCCCUGCCAUCACCUUUUUGUACAUGUUCGCCGAAAACGUAUAUAAAUCGGAUAACUGGAAAUUCAAUCUAUUCCAGUGCAAAACAAACAUACCAUCGAAUGUAUUUAUGCGUGCACCAGGGAGUUUCGAAGCAAUACAUUUCGCGGAGACCAUUCUCGAGCACGUUGCUUUCGCCGUGAAAAAACCAGCCAUUGAGGUGAAACAAGCCAAUUUUCUGAAGGACGGUGACCCUCUUAUCAUAGGAGCACCGCUAACCAAUUGCACGAUUGCUCCGAUAACCUUACAGUUAUUGGAGUCAGCUGACUAUAAAACUCGCGUAACAGCUGUCGAACAAUUCAACAAAGCUAAUCGAUGGCGGAAACGCGGUCUGGGAAUUUCGCCCACAAAGUACACGUGUGCAUGGGAUCUGGGAUACUUUAACUGUUUGGUAUCCGUCUAUCACACCGGCGGUUAUGUUGCGGUUACCCAUGGCGGAAUUGAGCUUGGACAAGGCAUCAAUACAAAAGUCGCCCAGGUCGUAGCGUAUGAACUGGGGAUUGAUAUGAAAUACAUCGACAUCCAGCCGACCCAGGGUAUUACAAACCCUAAUGCCGUUUGUACCGGAAACUCCAUUACCAGCGAAUUGGCAUGCUUGGCCGCUAUUGAUUGCUGCAACCAAAUCAAAGCCAACAUGAAGAAAACAAAAGAUUCCAUGCCACCGGACUCAAAAUGGGAAGAUCUUGUCGAGAAAGCUUUCCGAAGUGGAGUGAACCUUUGCGCUCAAGCAUGGGCAGCACCAAAAUCUGCGGAUGUAGUUCCACUCGUGCAGUACAACACAUAUGGGACAAUGUGCACGGAAGUGGAAGUUGACGUAUUAACUGGAGAGUAUCAGAUUAACCGUGUGGAUCUGUUGUAUGAUUGUGGAGAAUCCAUGUCGCCGCUCGUUGAUGUGGGGCAAGUUGAAGGUGCAGUGAUAAUGGGUCUGGGAUAUCUGACUUCGGAAGAAGUGUUGUUUGAUCCGAAAACUGGCGAGAAUUUGACUUACGGCACAUGGAAGUACAAGCCGCCAACAACAAAAGAUAUUCCCAUUGAUUUUCGAGUUGCUAUCCUGCAGAAUGCCCCUAAUCCUAGCGGUGUCUUGCGAAGCAAAGUUGUUGGAGAACCGCCGCUGCUAAUGACCACUUCCGUCAUUUUUGCUCUUAGAAAUGCAGUAUAUGCCCAACUGCAGGAAGUUGGCAAAGGCGAUGUUUGGGUUUUCAUGGAAUCACCUUUAACUGUGGAGCGAAUGCAGCAGUACGCCCAGAUUGAUAUUUCCCAAAUGCGAUACAAAGACUACUAAACAAAACAAUUCAUGUAUGUGCAUUACCGGCUUGCGCAGUGUCCACACAGGUGUCUUUGUAUGGCAUGACUACUUGUACUUGUACAUCCUAUUUUUUCAUGGCACGUGUACAAUGUGACAUGGUUCUUUAUUUUGCCUGAAAACGUUAUUUUAAAAAGUCAAGAACCGCUGAUACCAUC